AUGGUCAAAUUCUUGUCUGUGGACUGGCUCGCUCAAAGCCACAGCUGCGACAGUGGAGCUCGGAUUGGGGAAAGCCAAAUGGAUACAGCGUUUAAACCACAUAUACCCUGCAUGGUGCAACCUUCUGCGCCUUCGUAUGGGAAAGGAUACCUCCAGCUAAAAGCUAAAACUGGAAAAAAUGCAGAUUUGGAGAGAAACAGCGAGUCAGGCCUGUGCUCUCCCCGCGCGUCAUGCACCUCGCCAAUUUCAGAAAUCAGCGAGUAUUCCUCUGGCUAUGAGAGCGAGGCGGCCUCCUCGGAGUGCUCAGCCUCAGAGGACGUCAGUGAGGCCGGGCUGAACCAGCGACGCGUACGCACCAAGUUUACUCCGGAUCAGAUCAGCAGACUGGAGAAGAUCUUCCUCAAGCACAAGUAUUUGGACGCGGGGGAGAGAGUGAAGACGGCGCAGAAGCUCAAGCUCACGGAAACUCAGAUCCGGACGUGGUUUCAGAACCGGCGCAUGAAGCUGAAGCGGGAGGUCCAGGACUAUCUGACGCCUCAGGUCCCACCCAUGCUGCUCCACGCCUUCCCCCCAACGCUGCCCUAUCACUACCCCCAUCCUCACCCUCACCCCCACACUCACCCCCAGACUCACCCCACAUCUGGCCCUGGAUUCUACCCUGGGCCCCCGCCACACAUGCUCCACCAUCACCAGCAGACUAUGGUCCCUCAGUCCAUGGUUCCCCAGUCCAUGGUCCCCCAGUCCAUGGUCCCUCAGUCCAUGGUCCCUCAGUCCAUGGUCCCCCAGUCCAUGGUCCCUCAGUCCAUGGUCCCCCAGUCCAUGGUCCCCCAGUCCAUGGUCCCUCAGUCCAUGGUCCCCCAGUCCAUGGUCCCUCAGUCCAUGGUCCCCCAGUCCAUGGUCCCCCAGUCCAUGGUCCCCCAGUCCAUGGUCCCUCAGUCCAUGGUCCCCCAGUCCAUGGUGCAGCAGCCGAUGCAGACCCACUUUUACCAAUGA